CGCACGGUCCUCCUCCCCUCGGGUGUCUCUCCACUCCUCCGCCAUGCACUGACCCAGACUCCGCUGCGCGUCAUCAUCCUCGUCGUCAUCGCGAACAAUAGCGCGAGCUGCAGGCCUGGUCGCACGCGCGGUCAGAGCGAUGAUCAGCGGCGUCUGAAGCGCACGGAAGACUCGAGCAAUCGGUGAAGAUGGCGAACGACUCUCCGGCGAAGAGCCUGGUGGACAUCGACCUCGCGUCUCUGCGGGACCCUGCUGGGAUCUUCGAGCUGGUGGAAGUGGUCGGGAAUGGCACCUACGGACAAGUGUACAAGGGUCGACAUGUCAAAACCGGGCAGCUGGCGGCCAUCAAAGUCAUGGACGUGACUGAAGAUGAAGAAGAGGAGAUUAAGCUGGAGAUUAACAUGCUGAAGAAAUACUCUCAUCACAGAAACAUCGCCACGUAUUACGGCGCAUUCAUCAAGAAGAGUCCCCCAGGACACGACGACCAGCUGUGGCUGGUGAUGGAGUUCUGUGGAGCCGGUUCGAUCACAGAUCUGGUGAAGAACACUAAAGGGAAUACUCUGAAGGAAGACUGGAUAGCAUACAUCUCCAGAGAAAUCCUCAGGGGUCUGGCUCACCUGCACGCUCAUCACGUCAUCCACAGAGACAUCAAGGGCCAGAACGUGCUUCUGACGGAGAACGCCGAGGUCAAGCUAGUGGACUUCGGUGUGAGCGCUCAGCUGGAUCGAACCGUGGGCCGCAGGAACACCUUCAUCGGGACGCCGUACUGGAUGGCUCCAGAGGUGAUCGCCUGCGACGAGAACCCAGACGCCACGUACGACUACAGGAGUGACCUGUGGUCCUGUGGGAUCACUGCUAUAGAGAUGGCCGAGGGCGCUCCUCCGUUGUGCGAUAUGCAUCCCAUGCGAGCGCUCUUUCUCAUACCCAGAAAUCCUCCGCCCAGACUCAAGUCCAAGAAAUGGUCUAAGAAGUUCUUCAGCUUCAUCGAGGGCUGUCUGGUGAAGAACUACACGCAGCGUCCACCCACCGACCAGCUGCUGAAGCACCCCUUCAUCAGAGACCAGCCCAACGAGAGACAGGUGCGCAUCCAGCUGAAGGACCACCUGGACCGCUGCCGCAAGAAACGAGGAGAGCGAGACGAGACCGAGUACGAGUACAGCGGCAGCGAGGAAGAGGAGGAGGAGGCACAGGAGCAGGAGGGAGAGCCCAGCUCCAUCGUGAACGUGCCGGGCGAGUCGACUCUGCGGCGGGACUUCAUCCGUCUGCAGCAGGAGAAUAAGGAGCGCUCGGAGGCUCUGAGACGCCAGCAGCUCCUCCAGGAGCAGCAGCUCCGUGAGCAGGAGGAGUACAAGCGGCAGCUGCUGGCCGAGCGACAGAAGCGCAUCGAGCAGCAGAAGGAGCAGAGGAGGCGUCUGGAGGAGCAACAGAGACGAGAGCGAGAGAUGAGGAGGCAGCAGGAGCGAGAGCAGAGGAGGAGAGAGCAGGAGGAGAAGAGACGUCUGGAGGAGCUGGAGAGGAGACGCAAGGAGGAGGAGGAGCGCCGAAGAGCUGAGGAGGAGAAGAGGAGGGCUGACCGCGAGCAGGAGUACAUCCGCCGGCAGCUGGAGGAGGAGCAGAGACACCUGGAGAUCCUGCAGCAGCAGCUGCUUCACGAGCAGGCCAUUCUACUGGUGGACGAGCGUCACCGCAGGAGCGUGCAGGGUUCUCCUCAGACCGCCGCAGUCCUGCAGAAGCAGCCUCCAGCCGUCCCUCCGCGAGCAACAGAGCCCUUCUCCAACGGCAGCAGCAGCAGUGACCCGCAGGAUCUGACGGCGCUGGCCAAGGAGCUACGUGCGGUGGAGGACGUGCGGCCGCAGCACAAAGCCACGGACUACUCGUCCUCCAGCGAGGACUCGGGCACCACUGAUGAUGAGGACGACGAGGAGGUGGACCAGGAGGCCGGAGAGGACUCGACGUCUGGCCCUGAGGACUCCCGCGCCGGCUCGUCCAGACUCAGUAAUGGAGAGACGGAAGCAGCCAAGACCAUGGUUGUCCAAGACAGCGACGCCUCGUCUACGCCGUGCAAAGACAGCACGCUGGUCAUGAGACAGUUCCAGAGAGCAGGGCCAGUGCUGGUGCUGGGCUCAGGCUGGAGUCCCAGUGCUGUAGAGACUGGGCCGAGGAGCUGCAUUAGGGGUCUGCCUGACCUGCUCCAGCAGUCGUCCUCGGCCCCCUGCAGCCCUGCCCUGUCCCCCCUCAGUCCCUCGGACAGAGUCCCCAGCCUAGCAGAGACUCCCACCGUGCCGAAGCACAAGUCUUCCUCGUCGUUCACACCCUUCAUCGACCCGCGUCUCCUGCAGGUCUCUCCAUCCACCGGCAGCGCGCUCAAUAAUGCUGGUUACAGUAAUGAGGCUCGACUGCAGGAGGCUCUGCGGCAGGACGCGUCUCGUAAGGGAUCGGUGGUUAACGUCAACCCUGUCAACACACGGCCCCAGAACGACACGCCAGAGAUACGCAAGUACAAGAAGAGGUUCAAUUCAGAGAUCCUGUGCGCUGCUCUCUGGGGAGUGAAUCUGCUGGUGGGCACGGAGAGCGGUCUCAUGCUGCUGGACCGCAGCGGUCAGGGCAAGGUCUAUCCGCUCAUCAGCCGCAGACGCUUCCAGCAGAUGGACGUUCUGGAAGGACUCAAUGUGCUGGUGACCAUAUCAGGGAAGAAGAAUAAGUUGCGGGUGUACUAUCUGUCCUGGCUGAGGAACAAGAUCCUCCAUAAUGACCCUGAGGUGGAGAAGAAGCAGGGCUGGACCACCGUAGGAGACCUCGAGGGCUGUGUGCACUACAACGUCGUGAAGUACGAGAGGAUCAAGUUCUUGGUUCUGGCUCUGAAGAAUUCAGUGGAGGUGUACGCCUGGGCUCCCAAACCCUACCAUAAAUUCAUGGCUUUCAAGUCCUUUGGUGAUCUGGUGCACAAGCCGCUGCUGGUUGACCUCACGGUUGAAGAAGGCCAAAGAUUAAAGGUCAUCUACGGGUCGUGCUCUGGCUUUCAUGCAGUGGAUGUGGACUCAGGAGCCGUCUACGACAUCUAUCUGCCGACUCACAUCCAGAGCAGCAUCCAGUCGCACGCCAUCAUCAUCCUGCCCAACACGGACGGCAUCGAGCUGCUGGUGUGCUACGAGGACGAGGGCGUGUAUGUCAACACCUACGGCCGCAUCACCAAAGACGUGGUGCUGCAGUGGGGCGAGAUGCCCACCUCCGUCGCUUAUAUCCGCUCUAACCAGAUCAUGGGCUGGGGAGAGAAGGCCAUAGAGAUCCGCUCGGUGGAAACAGGACACCUGGAUGGAGUCUUCAUGCACAAAAGAGCACAGAGACUCAAGUUUCUGUGUGAGAGAAAUGACAAGGUGUUCUUCGCCUCGGUGCGUUCCGGAGGAUCCAGUCAGGUGUACUUCAUGACGCUGGGACACACCUCUCUGCUCAACUGGUGAAGAAGCGUGGGGUCUCUGGACGAGAUCGGCCUGACACACACACACACACACACUGAGGACGGCUCCAGUGUCUACAGUAUUAUUGCUAGUCUGUGUAAAUGUCUUUCUCUAGAGUGUAAUCAAACCUGACUCCACUGAGAGGAACACUGCUGUCGUGUCUCGCUCACACAGUGCUCAAACACUCAAUGCAUUGUUUUGUCAUGUAUCUUUUAUUUAUGGCUUGUAUUUAUUUCUAGGGUUUUGUAGUUCCAGUAGCGUAGAGGAUCCCUGAGAGCUGUCUCUGUGAGGAAGUGACCGCUGCGUUUGGCUCAUCAAACAUUAGUCUGUUUAAUGCCGUCUGUCCUGUGGUCUCUUUCAUCAUCUUGUCUGCUCUCAUGCCGCCUCUUCUCUUUUCCGUUCAGUUUUUACAGUCUCUUAUCCUCUUUUUCUUCUGCCAUGUGUCGGAUGGCCGUGGCCUCCUUCCUGUUGUUUGAAUUGUGCUUCAGAAUGACGAGUGAAGGUGUUUAAAUCAGGCUGUUUAACAAACAUCUGAACUGCAUCCAAAGCUCAGACCUGACCAUCAUUAUGUUCUGAGGAGCGUCUUUGAGAAACUCGGAGUGAAACUAGUUCUGCCUUUUCAUGCAUUGGACCUGGAAACUGAAUCUGAACUGUCCACUCAACAUCCAGACCACAAACCGCCAUCAUAAAACGGACAUUUGAAUCGUUUUGUACGGUUUUUCAUGUGCUUGACCAAUGAAUUUUAGAGAUAGGUGUAUGUCAUCACCAUCACAAACGCAGGAGUACAGAUCCCUGUGAUGAAACACUACUUUCUGUGAGAUGUGAAAGACCUCUGAUUAUUCUGAGUCGAACUGAACUGUGUUUGUUAAAUGAAAGGCAGGACUGAGCAGUCGAGCGAUUGAACCAAAUGAAAGCAGUCCAGAGACGCUUCCGCUGCCCCUGCCUCUGUUCUGUCUUCUCUUCCUGUUGUUAGAGUUUACACACACACACACACAUCUACUGGAUGAUGUCUGUUCUGGUUACUGUUUACUUAAUCUCUCCACACACACUAUAGAUUUAUAUGCUCUAUAAGUUCUAUAUUUGUUUCUUGUGUUAUUUAGCAUUAGAUCAUAUUAAGAUUUCAGCGAAGCUGCUGAACUUUCAGUGAGAUUCAUGGUAAGCAGAAGGUGAAUCGUGCCGAUGUCAAACAGUAAGAGUGAAGCAAACGUUUAGAAAAGACGCAAAAUGAAAACUGUUUUGUUUUUAAGCUUUAUCUUUGAGAGUCUGUCAGAUCUUCACCUGAUAUAGUGACCUGAAAUACAUUCAGCUGGACAAAAGAAGAGCCUAACGAAGCAAAGCUGAGUAAAUCUAACGUUCAUUACUGUGUUUGAGUAUUUCAGGCAUCAUUCCUGUAGGUUAGCGGGUGAUAAUGAUGGAUGGUGUUUCCUCGGUGCUGCUG